AUGACUUUAUUCGUCAAAUACAAGGGGAAAAGCUUAUCACCGUCGCCAAACUCUCCACCAGUCACCGUUACUCCAUUGACGCCGCCAGCACCUAACUCUAGUCCACCGUCUACUUCAUCCCCACCGUCUCAAUCGCCUCCUCCUACACCAACCACCCAAUCCCCACCUCCUUCAACGUCAUCCCCUCCUCCAUCAUCACCACCGCCGACAUCACCUCCUCCGCCAGUUAUUUCCCCACCUCCAUCAACACCGCCGACCAUGUCUGCGCCUCCACCUGUUUCAACCAGUCCACCGCCAUCCUCACCUACUCCACCGACCAAUUCUUCACCUCCACCUGCCUCUCCUCUACCUCCGGCAGCCUCUCCUCCACCUCCAGCAACCUCUCCUCCACCAACCAAUCCUCCACCUUCAACAACUUCUCCUCCACCUCCAGCAACCUCUCCUCCACCUUCAACAACCUCUCCUCCACCUCCAGCAACCUCUCCUCCACCGACCAAUCCUCCACCUUCAACAACCUCUCCUCCACCAACCAAUCCUCCACCUUCAACAACCUCUCCUCCACCUCCAGCAAUCUCUCCUCCACCGACCAAUCCACCACCUUCAACAACCUCUCCUCCACCGACCAGGUCUCCACCUCCAUCACCACCUAGUCCCCCAUCUAGGUCACCACCACCACCACGUACACCUUCCACUAGAUCCCCACCCUCACCCUCACCCCCACCACCACGUACACCUUCCACUAGAUCCCCACCCUCACCCUCACCCCCACCACCAACUACUUCACCUCCGUUGCCAUCUUCUACUCCACCACCAAGGUCACCUCCACCAUCAUCUUCCAGUCAACCACCACCAGCAUCCUCAUCCCCACCACCAACAACUACACGUCCACCACCACGUACUCCCCCAUCCUCUGAACCUCCUACAAAUUCACCACCACCACCACCAGUAACAACCACCCCACCACCACCACCAAACACACCCUCCCCUCCUCCUUCACCACCAUCACCUUCAACAAUCCUCCCCUCUCCUCCAGGAACCCCAAGCAACAACGAUUCAAGUCCCAACACCCCAUCCAACAACGGAGGCAUUAGCACCGGGGGUAUAAUUGGUAUUUCAGCAGUUCUAGCCCUUGUCCUCCUCACAGUCAUCAUAACAGUCUCAUGCUGUAUUAUCAAACGAAAGAAAAAAAUUUCCAGACACAAUGACCUCUACAAUCUCCCAACCUCAACAACCAAUUCACCUAAAUCAGAUUCAGGUCUACUAAAGAUCCACACAUCAGAAAACGGAAACCAAUCUGCAAACCAAUUCAUAUACACUCCACCAGACACAGGUGGAUUUGGUUAUGUAUACAAAGGGUGUUUGGUUGAUGGGACUGAAGUAGCAGUUAAGGAGUUAAAAAUUGGAGGUGGACAAGGGGAACGUGAGUUCACUGCUGAGGUGGAAAUUAUUGGUCGAAUACAUCAUCGUUAUUUAGUCUCACUUGUUGGAUAUUGUGUCUCUGAAAACAACAGAUUGCUUGUUUACGAAUAUGUCCCUAACAACACACUUUAUUUUCAUCUUCAUGGGUCAGAGGUGGUUUUAGAUUGGUCAACUCGUGUGAAGGUUGCAUCUGGUGCAGCAAGGGGUAUUGCUUAUCUGCAUGAAGAUUGUCAUCCACGAAUUAUUCAUCGAGACAUCAAAUCAUCAAAUAUUCUACUAGAUAAAAACUUUGAAGCUAGGGUUUCUGAUUUCGGGCUAGCGAAAUUAGCUGCAGAUUUAGGUACUCAUAUAACAACACGCGUUAUGGGAACUUUCGGAUACAUGGCACCCGAAUACGCAUCAAGUGGGAAAUUAACCGAGAAAUCUGACGUGUAUUCCUUUGGGGUUGUUCUCUUGGAGCUAAUCACAGGGCGAAAACCCGUAGAUGCAUCUCAACCUUUAGGAGACGAAAGUCUCGUUGAAUGGGCUCGACCUUUGCUUAGUCAUGCACUUGAAACCGAAGACUUUGAAGUAUUAGUAGACCCAAAGCUUGGAACAAACUAUGUUGCAAAAGAGAUGUUUCACAUGAUUGAAGCUGCAGCUGCAUGUGUACGACACUCUGCUGCAAAAAGACCACGCAUGGGACAAAUAGUGAGAGCAUUCGAGAGCAUGGAAACUGAAGAUCUAAGCAACGGAAUGCGAGUUGGAGAAAGUGAAAUAUUUAACUCUGCACAACAAUCCGCAGAGAUAAGACUUUUUAACAGAAUGGCAUUUGGAAGUCAAAAUUACAGCACAGAUUUUUUUACUCAAGGUAGUGUUGGCCCUAAUGGUAGUAACGAAAGGUAAAAAGUAAAAACUGAGACUUUUUUUUUUUUUAUACUUUUCAAUUUUCACCAGCCAUGGUUAGGGUUCUGUAUGUAGGCUCCAUAGUCAAGAUAGUGUAUAGUAUGCUUAUUUAUUUCUUUUUAAAGCUGCACAUUCUUGAGUCCUGUAAGUAAACAUGUGUAGGGUUACUUUACCCUGAUCCCAUUCUUUUCGUUAAUUUAUUAUAAGUGCAGUUUUUUUCUUUAAUAGCAUUUGUAUUUUUUUUUAUCAUUUUAUUGCUUUAGUGACUUAACAGUUUUGAUGUAAUUAUUAAGAGGUUAUAAUUUUGUUAGCGGUUUUAAUAUCAGGGAAAACUAUAUAAAAAAACGUACUUUUACCUUAUUGAUUUAUAGAACAAUUUUUUUAUGACGUGUACUUUUAAAUCUACUUUUUAUUGACUAGG